AAAGUGCCAGUUCUCUUUUAAAAAAACUCCAUUUCAGAGGCUUAAGGUUCCUCUGAGGAGAAAACCCUAACAGUGCCAGCUCGCCCUUCACUCCAAAAUUUUCGAUUUUAGAUUCUCAUUGGCGUUGUAUGAUGCCACCUGAGAGAACAAAGCAUGGUUGUCAAACUUUACCUUCUGAUCGGCUUAGCAACCUUCCUGAAAAUGUUACCAAUGCCAUUCUGAUGCGUUUGCCUUUGCGAGAAGCUGUGAGGACAAGCAUCUUAUUGAAGAAAUGGAGGUAUAAAUGGUGCAAACUUCCACAGUUGACGCUUGAUGAUACACUUUGUCGGUACACACGUGACUUACUAUCCCCUUCUGAGUUUACAAAAAUUAUGUACCACAUUUUGACCCUUCAUUCAGGACCACUUACUAAGUUUACCCUCUCCAUUUUCUAGACUGAAAAAGUAUCCUAAGAUUGCCAGUUUGAUAUAUUUCCUCUCUAGGAAUGAUAUGCAGCAUCUUGUUCUUGAAUUUUCGAAGUGGAACCGAUACAGCCUUCAUUUUUCAUGUGUUUGCAGUUGAUGCAUUUAACUCUCCGAAAUUGUGUAAUAUGUCCUCCACCAGCCUUCAAAGGAUUUGAUAUGUUACAUAGUCUGGAACUGUGUGAUGUCACAAUUUCUUCCACAUUACUAGAAAGUUUAAUCUCUUAUAGCCCGUUGCUGGAGAAGUUUGUGGUGAAAAUCUCAGAUAAUCUAGACCAUAUUCAAAUUAAAGCCCCCAAUUUGAGAUCCUUCGACUUCACAGGCUGUAUAAAAUAUAUUUCUUUAAGUAAUGUUCCUAUUCUUUCUAAACUCUCUCUUUUCAAUGCGGGAUCUUUUAAGGAAUCAGAAAAAUGUGAUUUUGACAAAUUUUUUCAGUCAGUUCCUGCUCUUGAGCAUCUCUACUUGGAAUAUGCAAGUAACAAGUUCUUGGUUACAGGUGCAGCUGAAGUACCAAAAAGACUUUCCUCUCCUCUUAAUUAUCUUAAACGUUUUCACAUAAUGCUGGGUGGUGGAUUAGUUGAUGUUUCCUGUGCUCUUUGUUUGAUAAGAAGCUCACAAUAUUUACAAGACAUUGAAAUGGAGGCUUAUAAUCUGUUGGAUGAACUUGUGGCCACUAAUGAAGUUGAUGAAGUUUUUGCAAGGUUCUCAGAUGUGACAUUGAAUCACCUUAGGACGGUUAAGCUUGAAGGAGUUCACAAGACAGAGCUUGAAUUGCAGCUUAUCAAGCUUCUACUGACCAAAUCCCCGAUGCUGGUGAGGAUGCUAAUUGAUCCGUCAUCAAAUGAUGACUAUGAUGAAAAUAGAGACACGAUACUAGCAGAGUUAACAAAAUUUCAGCGAGCAUCACAUAAAGCUGAAGUAGUCUGUACUUGAUGGUUAUGAAAGUUAUAGACUGGAUGCAGUAAUAUAUGGUUGUUUUUUGCCGGAUAUAGGGAAGACUGAAUUUCGGAUUGCUUGUUUGUCAUCGUUACAGUGCUAAGGGUACAUUCAUUCCUGUUCUUGAAUGAUCUUGGAAAUGAGACUUGGAUAUGAAUCUACACUACGGUUAUUUAUUUUCAAAGUUAAGUGUUUCACUACUUUGAUAGGAAAUAAAACCUUUGGCAGUUUUUCUUAA